GGCGGGUUCUCUGCUCCCGCGGUGGUUGUCAGGGGCCGCGAGGCUUCCCCCGAAGAUGCAGCGCAGCAUAUUUUGCACAUGAGUUCAGAGGAAGAGGAAGUGUAGCCGGCGGACGCGCGGUGGCGGCGGGGGCGCGUCAGGGCUGGAGCCGGAGCGCGCCGGGCGCAGGGCGCAGUAAGCGGGAGCGCGGCGGCCGCGGGCUCGGAGGAGGGACGCAAGCAGGGACCGCUGGUGGGACAGACAGACGAUCUCGCCGCAUUGCCGCCCCCUACCUCCACUCUCUAGCGCCCACUCCCUCCCCGCGCCGGCUCCUCUGCAUGGCACAAACUUUCCUCCCGGGACGGAACACGCUGUCUCCGGUAGUCAGCGCCUGCGUCUUCUCUGCCUGCCCAGAAAGCUGCUGAAAUGGGUUGUGGAUUGAACAAGUUGGAGAAACACGAUGACAAACGGCCUGGGAAUAUUUAUUCAACUUUGAAGAGGCCUCAGGUGGAAACCAAGAUAGACGUGUCCUAUGAGUACCGCUUCCUGGAGUUCACUACUCUGAGUGCUGCGGAGCUCCCAAGGUCUUCAGCGGUGAGGCUGGCCUCCCUGCUGGACCUGCCUGCCCAGCUCCUGGAGCUCUACCAGCAGGGCUUCUCGCUGGCCGCCCUGCACCCGUUUGUGCAGCUGACCCAAGAGCGGGAGCAGACGCCCCUUGAGCACAUCUUCAGGGCUAUCUUGAUCAAGAAAACUGAAAGAUCUCAGAAAACUGAUCUUCACAAUGAAGGCUACAUCUUGGAAUUAGAUUGCUGCUCCUCACUAGACCACCUGACAGACCAAAAAAUCAUCCCAGAGUUCAUCAAGAAGAUCCAGGAGGCCGCCAGCCGGGGCCUGAAAUUUGUUGGUGUUAUACCUCAGUACCGCUCCCCCGUGAGCUCCGCCGGCAGCAGCCCCCUGACGCCCACGGCCAACAGCGCCGUGGCAUCACCAGCUAAUGAGAACCCAGGGGCUUUGGAUGUGUGCAGCUCCCCAGCAGGGAUGGAGGGAAGCCCAGAGCCGGGCCAAGGCCCGAGAGGGGAGGUGCCCGUCGCCGAGCAGCCCAGCGCAUGCCCGAGAGAGGGAGGUGGAGGAUUCUCAUCCCAGGGCCCGAGGGACACCCUGGACGGCCCGGACGGUAACCCGCUGGACGGGCACCGAGAACCCCUCCCAGGAAAAAUGGAGAUCUUUGCCCUCUUCAACAAACCGAAGAGCCAUCAGAAGUGCCGGCAGUAUUAUCCGGUCACCAUUCCUCUCCGAGUCUCCAAGAACGGUCAGACGGUGAGCGGCUUGGAUGCCAACUGGUUGGAGCACAUGAGCGACCACUUCCGGAAAGGAGGCAUGCUGGCGAACGCGGUCUUCUACCUCGGGAUGGUGAACGAUUCCUUACAUGGCUUGACAGAUGGAGUAUUCAUCUUUGAAGCUGUUUCCACAGAAGAUAGCAAAACCAUACAGGGCUAUGAUGCUAUUGUUGUCGAACAAUGGACGGUGCUGGAAGGCGUCGAGGUGCAGACAGACUACGUGCCCCUGCUGAACUCGCUGGCCGCCUACGGUUGGCAGCUCACCUGUGUGCUACCCACGCCCGUCAUCAAGACCACCAGGGAGGGAAAUGUAUCCACCAAACAGAUUGUCUUUCUUCAGAGACCCUGUCUACCUCAGAAAAUCAAGAAGAAAGAAUCGAAGUUUCAGUGGCGAUUCUCCCGAGAAGAAAUGCACAACAGGCAGAUGAGGAAAUCCAAAGGUAAACUCAGUGCCAGAGACAAACGACAAGCAGAAGAAAAUGAGAAGAAUGUAGAAGACCAGUUUUCCAAAGCUGGAGGCAUGGGAAACUGUAUACUGGCUCAGCAUCAGGAUGGGGUCCUGGGGGACGAGGAGGACACUGCCUCCGAGGGGAUGAGUGUGUCUGUCCAAGAGGUGGGGAAAGAGAAGCUGGGCCCUGACCACCAGCUCUGUGGGGAUGUGGAGGAUGGGGCAAUGCAGAACGGUUCUGCCAGCCACAGCCAGGCCGAGGCAGGGGGCUGUACUGGGCACUCUGGUCCUGGAGAGGAUGCCUGGGAUGGGGGCUCUGAUAAUGUCACUGAGCCCGCUAUGGCCAAAGAAAACUGAGUCUUGGACAGUUUGUCUGGAGCCAGAUGAGUUGGCAACCCUGAGGCACCCUGUGGGGAGCUGGUUAGGAAGCUGGUCUGCCUUGGCGUUGAGUGUUACCCUUUGGCUUGGCUUGACCUCUCCUUGUGUGUUUCCCCGGGGCCGGGCCCCCGACAGUGUUGGUUUCUGCACAUCAUUUCACAACAUGUUGUGAUGCCCAGUGUUAGAAUGUGAGGUCAGGUUGUUUCUCCUAGACCUUGGGGCUGGAGGCCCAGCCCUGGCUCCUCCACUGCUCCCCUGGGAGGGUCUGGACCACCCAGUGCCUGCGUCUGCCCCAUAGGGCCUCCAGGAAACAUUUGCAUCAAAUCCAUGGACCUCUUUGGCUGCAAACCAAGGCUGGGGCUUACUCCCAGUCCUGCUGGGGCAGUGUCCGUCCCCCACUACUUUGUGCGGCCAUUUGGUGACUUUGGGCAGCACCUGGAAAGCCCUGCCAGCUGCCCUUCUCCACCUAAACCCCUCCAACCCUGUUGCUUUAGCAAAGAAAAUGACAUUGGGGAGGGAGGGUGCCCCACCUUCUGGCUGUUCUCAGAGUAAUUCCCAUAGAUACUGGUAAUCUGGAAAUGAAGUGAGAAUUCUGUUGGCGUACCUGUUCCUGCAGAAUGUCCAAAAAAGCAUUGUGUUAGUAUUAAUGCCAAAAAAAUUCUGUUUUCAAGUUUUGUAUUCAGCACAUCAUAUGAACACAUUACUUCCUGUUGUUUCAGGGCAUCCAGACUGGUGGGGUGCCCUCGUUAUGUGCUAUUUUAAUCAAUGUAUCAUUGGCCAAGUUGUUACCACGUAUGCUGUGUCUAUCACGUGUUUAUACUGUCCAGAAAGUAUUGUUAACGCUUUAAGUAGAUGCAGCUGGUGAACCUUGGAGAGAGACUGUUGAUUGUCUUGACCAAAACAACAGCCUCUCUCUUCUUUUUCUUGUUAGUUACUUAAAGCAAUAAAUCAUCUAUGAAUUUA